AAAGAACAAUCUUUAUUUAAUCAAUUACCGUUAAUCCAACUACACUUUCACUUUAUUUUUCACUAUGAAAACUACAUCGAAUAUCAUAUGAUUAAUUAUUACAUAUAUAAGGGUUUAUAAUUAACACUAGUUCACUUUCCCUUUCUCUCUUCGAUCCAAAAAAAAAAUUAUGGCGAUUUUUCCCACUCAAAUGCGACUUUCCUCUACUCUUCUAAGGCGUUUACAGCAAAGAGUUGGUGCUGCUGCAGUGAAUUCUUCAAGAAAUUUUACGACAACGGAAGGUCAUCGUCCUACCAUGGUUCAUAAACGUAGUCUCGAUAUUCUUCACGAUCCAUGGUUUAACAAGGGAACAGCAUUCUCAUUUACAGAACGUGAUCGUCUCCACAUCCGUGGCCUACUACCUCCAAAUGUGAUGUCUUUUGAACAACAAAUUGCACGGUUCAUGGCUGACUUGAAGAGGCUUGAAGUACAAGCUAGAGAUGGUCCAUCUGACCCAUAUGUUUUGGCCAAGUGGCGCAUACUUAAUCGCUUGCACGAUAGAAAUGAGACUUUGUACUACAAGGUUCUAAUGGAAAAUAUUGAGGAAUAUGCACCUAUAGUGUACACUCCUACGGUUGGUCUUGUAUGCCAGAAGUACAGUGGAUUGUUCAGACGUCCGAGGGGCAUGUACUUCAGUGCUGCAGAUCGUGGGGAAAUGAUGUCAAUGGUUUACAAUUGGCCGGCUGAUCAGGUUGACAUGAUUGUUGUAACUGAUGGAAGUAGAAUAUUGGGUCUUGGAGAUCUUGGAGUUCAGGGUAUUGGUAUUGCAAUUGGGAAGCUGGAUCUGUAUGUGGCUGCUGCUGGGAUCAACCCUCAAAGAGUAUUGCCUGUAAUGAUUGAUGUUGGAACUGACAAUGAGAAUCUCUUGAAAGACCCUUUAUAUUUGGGACUGCAAGAGCGUCGGCUUGACGGAGAGGAGUAUGUUGAAGUAAUUGAUGAAUUUAUGGAGGCUGUUUUCACUCGUUGGCCCCAUGUGAUUGUUCAGUUUGAAGAUUUUCAAAGCAAGUGGGCCUUUAAGCUGUUGCAGCGUUAUAGAAACAACUACAGAAUGUUUAAUGAUGAUGUCCAGGGAACUGCAGGAGUUGCUAUUGCUGGUCUUCUAGGAGCAGUAAGAGCACAGGGAAGACCAAUGAUUGAUUUUCCAAAAAUGAAGAUUGUGGUGGCUGGUGCUGGAAGUGCAGGAAUAGGGGUUCUUAAUGCCGCUAGGAAGACAAUGGCAAGAAUGCUAGGGAAUACUGAAAUUGCUUUUGAAAGUGCAAGAAGUCAGUUCUGGGUGGUGGAUGCCAAGGUACUGGAAGCCCUUAAGCAUUCAACUUCAACCCGGCCUGCAAUUUUUCCAAUGUCAAACCCAACGAGAAAUGCUGAAUGCACCCCUGAGGAAGCAUUUUCUAUUCUUGGCGACAACAUUAUAUUUGCAAGUGGAAGCCCAUUCAAGGAUGUGGAUCUUGGAAAUGGUCAUGUUGGGCACUGCAACCAAGCAAACAACAUGUUCCUUUUUCCUGGAAUAGGACUUGGUACUCUUCUCUCUGGAUCUAGAAUUGUUUCAGAUGGCAUGUUACAGGCUGCAGCUGAGUGCUUGGCUGGAUAUAUGACAGAAGAGGAGGUACUAAAGGGGAUUAUAUACCCUUCGAUAUCCAGGAUACGCGAUAUAACGAAGGAGGUGGCUGCAGCUGUGGUGAAAGAAGCUAUAGAAGAGGAUCUGGCAGAAGGAUACCGUGAAAUGGACGGCCGAGAGUUACGGAAACUUGAUGAGGCGCAAAUAUCGGAGUUCGUGGAGAACAAUAUGUGGAGUCCGGAUUAUCCAACACUGAUUUACAAGAAAGAUUGAUCAUCUAUAGCUGCUUGCAAAGCUCAUGUUUCUUGCAACAUCAGCAAAGGGUGUAAUGGAUCAGACUCUAUCAUGGACAUCUUGUGAUACGAUGCCACCAUGUUAAAUUUAACAUCCAAUGAUAUCCCUUUCUUCAACAUUUCAUUGACCAAUUACUUCUUGAUAUUAUAGCUUGUAUUGAGUAGUCCAUAAGUUGGUUGUCUGUAAAAGUGAAUAAAUGUCCUCCUUCCAAUUCUGAUUUUGAGCACCGUCAACGCAGAUGAUGUAGUAUUUGGGCUGUUGCUGCACAAGUGUACUAUAAAUUGGCCUAUGAUGUAGAUGUUGUGCACAAGUGUUUGAAGUUCUGUAUACUCAAUUCGACUUGGAUAAUAAAAAGAUGACUAGUAUUCA